UUGCUGAAGAAAUCGCUUUAAAAAGUGGUAAAUGUUUAAAUGUUUUAACUAAGCUGCUGGGAACAAAUUCAACCAUGUUCUGGCAUAUAUUUCUGUUAGUUUCCGGGUUGAAACUCCUCUUUAUUCCUGCCUACCGUUCGACCGAUUUCGAGGUGCACCGGAAUUGGCUGGCCAUCACGCACAGUUUACCGCUUUCCCGGUGGUACUAUGAAAAAACCAGCGAAUGGACGCUCGAUUAUCCGCCCCUGUUCGCCUACUUCGAAUGGGCGCUCUCGCAGGUGGCCAUCUCGUUCGAUCCUCGGAUGCUGGACGUGAAGAAUCUCAACUACGCGUCGGAUCAGACGGUCCUCUUCCAGCGGUUCUCCGUGAUCGUGAUGGACGUCAUCUACGCACUCGGUGUACGCCGCUGUUUGCGUGCGCUGACCGGGGGUGCAGAUACUCGCUCCCAACUCAUCGGUGGUGCCCUGCUGCUAGGAAACGCCGGCCUACUGAUGGUGGAUCACAUUCACUUCCAGUACAAUGGGUUUCUGUUCGGCGUGCUGCUGCUCAGCAUCGGUGCCUUACUGGAGGGACGGCCACUCCAAUCGGCGGCUCUAUUUGCCGUACUGCUCAACCUGAAACACAUCUUCAUCUACGUCGCCCCAGUUUAUGCCGUUUAUUUGCUUCGAUUUUAUUGCUUACGCGGUUCGACGCCCGGGCAGGCACUAAUGAAACUAAUCAAACUCGGUACCGUCGUACUGACCGUCUGUUUACUCUCAUUCGGUCCCUUCUACGCGCAUCUCCCGCAGGUUCUGUCGCGGUUGUUCCCGUUCAAACGUGGCCUUACGCAUGCCUACUGGGCACCUAACUUUUGGGCCCUCUACAAUGCGGCCGACAAGGUGCUCUCCCUUGCGCUAGGUCGCCGAGAGACGUCAGCGGGCACCAGCAGUGGACUGGUGCAAACGUUUGACCAUUCCGUCCUACCAUCCAUCAGCCCCAUGGUCACAUUCACACUAACCGGUGCCGCCAUGCUUCCUGCCAUCGUUAAACUUUGGUCACUGGUGGGCCGUGAAUCGAAUGCAGCACUGGGACGAAGCUUCAUCCGUGCCAUCGUGCUGUGCGGUUGCACCUCAUUCCUUUUCGGUUGGCACGUACACGAGAAGGCCAUCCUUAUGGUACUGAUACCGCUGACACUGCUCUCGAUCGGCCACGCAAACGAUGCCCGCUGGACCCUAUUCCUGGGCAUCGUGGCACACUAUUCACUGUUUCCGUUACUAUUCAAACCGGAACUAACGCUGAUCAAGAUUAGUCUCCACGUCGCUUACACGGCGAUUAGUGUGCUGCUACUGAAGCUGCUCCACCGCGAAAACUUGUUCCGCCUUCCGGAGUUCCUCUAUCUGGCUGGAUUCCCCAUUCUAGCCGUAUAUGAAAACUUGGUGCACGAUGCGAUUGGUCUGCGAGAUCGAUUGCCCUUCAUUCCGCUUCUGCUGACCAGUGUUUACUGUGCCGUUGGGGUCCUAUACUUCUGGCUCUCGUACCAUGUGUCCUUUUUGGCUACACCACACCACGAAAAGGCCACCGAGAAAACGAAGAAGAAAACGUAAAUUCCAAAACGGAAGGAUGAAACCAUCCUGCAUGGUGUGAUAAGACUUGUUUUUCUAUUCUUAUGAAUAAAUGAAUUAU